ACUACGCUCUCAUACCUAAAUUGUGUGUCUCUCAGUCAAAUUUAACAAAAGAAAAGACAAAACAGCUAAAUAUUUAAGAUAUUAUUGAAAAAAAUUUAAAAAAUUUGAUUUUAUAUAGAGCAGAUCGACCAUGUAUCAGGAAUAUUUAAAUCAAUUACAACACUCCAUAAACCCCUUAUCCACAGAUGAACUAAAAGAUCUACUAAACAACGAUGAAAAACUCGAUGAAAAGAUUGACGCAGUUUUGGAAAUUUUAAAGGCCCAAAAAGACAGUCUGUUCACAGAAAAUCGUUCGAAAGCGGAACGUAAUAUAGAAAAGGAACCACUUAUAAUUGAAUUAAAGGGAAAAGUUGCUGAACUUAAUGAGGAAGGCAAACAAUGUUGUGAAGCGGUACAGGAAAAAUUAGCCCUUAUAAAGGAGAAAUCGGGUGGUGUAAGUCAAGAAACUGCCUUGGCACUGCUACAGACGGCAGCCGCUGAAAGUGAAGAGAACUCUGAGGCUAUAGUUAAAAAAUUCACAGACAACGAAAUCACUGUUGAAGCUUUUCUGGAAGAAUUCUUGCCCGCACGCAAGGUAAUGCAUUUACGCAAACUAAAGGCUGAGAAAAUGCAAGAACUAAUGAGACGUCAAGCUCAAACUGGACCAAAUCCAGCAGCACGUAAUAUGCCCGGUAUUGGACCAGCCUAUAGUAACAUACCAUCAAGUGGUUUUUAUCCAGCACCUCGUCCACCUUACGGCAGCGGUAGUGGUGUACCAUAUCCUAUGGGACCCAUGAUGCCAAUGCCACCACCACGCCCUUAUUAACUGCCAGCAAUUAAAAUACCUAAUUUUUGUUGACCUCAUCAUAAAUAAGCGUACAAAUCAUUAGAUGUUUUGUUUGCAAUUUGUAAUCAAAAUGCCCAAGUCGAAGAUGUUAAUGUGAUGGCAAAUCUCUUUUAUUUUU